GAGACCGAAACACCAACAGAAAACAAAGGACGCACGAUAAAAUGGAAAAUGGCGAUCGCAAGUUGGAUGAUUCGGGGAAGAAGCCUUCGAUCCGGCCGAUUUAAUCGUAAUCGUCUAGACAGCGAUGACGAGAAUGUCCAACUGGACCUGUCCAAAGAUCCUAAAGAAAAUAUUCAAGAAAUAUUUAAUCAUGUUUGUCAAAGACAUGGCAUUGUUGAGGGAAAGAGGCUAGGUUAUUUAAAUGCUUUUGUCAAGCUAGUCAGUCAACCAAGCAUUAAUCAUACUCAUUUAGGCUACAGUAAAGAAGAAUUACUCUGCUGUUUAAGAGCAAGUUUGAUACAUGAAGCUACUCAAGUUCGUGCAGCAGGCCUGAGGGCUGUCCGCUAUCUCAUCACAGAUGAAAAUGAUGUCCGUAUUUUAAUUAGGCUCCAGAUUCCUAGCCUCAUAGCACGGAGCCUGGAUCUUGCACUCAAGAAUGACCUGGAAAGGAUACAAGCUAUGCGUAUCAUGCGCAGGUUUCUUGCCAUUAGUCCAUCAAACUUUCCUGUUUCUCUUUUGCGAUGCCUCAUUUCACUUGCAAAUGGGGCUACAGAAGCAAAUGAUAGAAUGUUGCGUGCUUCCCUUGCUGUGCUAAGCGAAAUAUGUGUUCUGAAUCCAUUUUUAUUUAUCAAAUGUGGAGGCAUAACGUCUCUUGUCCGAAAUAUUCUUGACUGUGGACUUCCCAAAGUUUCUGAGUCCCUUGUUGGGUGUUUAUUAUAUUUAUUAGACAGACCAGAAACUCGAGCUGCAGCACGAAUUGACUUGCAAUGUUUUGCAGAGCCUUACUGUGAUUUUUAUUUUUCUAAGGGCACUGCUGAUAAGGCCAAAAGUGACAAGGAGAUUCGAGAGCGGGACUUGAGGCUGUAUUCAAGCCAUGUUGCCUUAUUGUCAAUUCUAAGGUCCUGGCCAGGAUUUCUGCAUUUCUGCAACCCUUCUGAAAAUUCGGGCCUGCGUGCCCUUGUUGAUGUGUUGUACCUUAAACAAUUGGAGAUACGAAAAGCUGUUUUGGAUCUACUUUAUGAUCUUCUUGGAAUUCCUUUACCGGAAUGGACAGAUGAACUUAGUGUUGCCUUGGAUGCAGUCGAUCCAUCACAUCCUCAGGACAGCUGGCGCCUCAAUGAGGGAUUUAUAGCAGCAGAGGGUAAAGGGGUUCUACCGCACCUCUCCAAGUUUAGACCCAAUAUAGUGGUUAAUCACUUGGCUGCCCUUCUCCAAGCUUUUCUUGAUGCUGGUCUCUUGGCAGCCAUAGUUGAAGUGAUUGUUGCUGAAGAUACAUUUCUCUCCGUCAGAGCUACUAUUCUUUUAGGCCAACUUUUGCAUAUGAUGCAUUUACUUCUCCCUCCUCAAUGUUGCAAUAUAACACCAUCCUUACCCUCUCUAAUGUGGUAUGCUGUUGGUGCCUCACCAGUAGAUCAUGCAUCUUCUUCUUCCAGUGCUAAACAGACUUACCAUAAAAUCUUGGAAGCUGUGCAGCCUGCUUUAACUGUUACUAAAGCAAACCAGCAGCAAGCUCAAGCAUCUGUGACUGCCAUGAAUCAGUUGCAUAGACUUUUGAAACGCCGGCCUGCUCCUGCAUCCUUAUUUUUAGCUCAAAUUUUGAAUUCAUCCAGUCGGUUUCAUUCUGAAGCUAGGAGAGGUGCUAGAGAGGAAUCUCUUUCUUCUGAUCCAACAGGAACUCUGGUAAAAGGUAACGCUGAUAAAAAAAGAAGUUCAAGACGUCCUCGCCGUUUUAGUGAAAGUGUUCUUGGAAUUGCAACCCGUGGAAGAUACUCAAAAUCCAAAUUACAGCAAAUGCUUGCUAAGGAAUCUGAAGACGCACUCAAGGAAUCCGGUGUCUUGGUGUCCAAGGAUGCUUAUUCUUGGAACUGGGAAAUUGUGCGCUCUAUCCUUAAAAGUAAAAGUGAUAUUCUUUUGAAAAUGGAGGACUCAAAUCAUAGAACUUUUGUUAAGCGGCUGGUUCACUUUUACAAGCCUACCAAUAACCGCUUUAGUCGAGUUGAAUUGGGAGGCAAUAGGAAAAAUGCUAACACUUUUACCCUAGCUGGAAUAGAACUGCUUGAUGCUCUCUUAAUAGCAGAGGAAGUUGAAGGUUCCCGGCUCAUUGGUGAACUGCUUGGAGAUAUCCACUCACAGAUGGAAGAAAUACUUUCAGCCAAAAGUGCCCAUGACUGUCUAUUUAGUCCACAUCAUAUGAACAAUAAUUUGUGUCAGGACUACUUUCUAUUUAUUGGUCAUUUAUGUCAAAGUAGAAAAGGCUUGAGUAUUUUAGAAUCGUGUGGAAUCCUGAGUUUACUACAUCGUCUUGUUGUUAACACAAUUCAUGACUGUUAUAUCAAACUUGUCAUUUCAAGUUUGGAUUAUGCUACCCCUGGUUCGACAAGACAAAUUUUAGAAACUGUGUUAAAAUCUGGCUCAGAAUCUUCCCGUCUCUAUGCCACCCAAUUCAUGGUAGUGCUUCUUCGAGCUCGUGUUCCUAACUUUCAUGAAUGGGGCUUAUCUCUUGUUAUAAAUCAAGUAAAAGACGCCAGUAAGUCAGUCAGGCUAGCUGCUUUGAACAUUCUGGAUGAAGCAUGUGAUGAACCUAUAUUUCUUCAAUCCCUGGCUGAUCUUCAACCUAAAUUUAAUUCCAAUGUUGAAAGAGAACUUUUUAUUGAGAUACGACUGGCUUCUGUACCAAGUGGAUUUUCCUACUUGCAACAAAGAGGAUUUUUGUCGGCUCAAAUGGACUUUUGGGCUGUUGAGUUCAAUUACAGAUAUGUCCGCUUUUUGGAAGGUGAGAUUCAUGACUCGUUGUCUUUACAUCAAAGGGGUGAAGAUGGUCUGUACAGCAGGCGUGUUAGCUCUGCCAAGCACACUGUCAAAGAUGUAUUUGUUCCUCCUCAUCUUUAUGGACAGUUAUCUCAACUCUCACAAGGUUGUAAGAUUCUUAACCAAGAUACUAGAGUGCUCUCCCUCUUAAAGGUUGUUAAAAGCCAGCAGUGCAAAAGCGAUCAAGAAAUAUUGGAGCUCAAAGCAGCAUUGUGGGCUGUUGGGCAUAUAGCAACCAGUUCUGCUGGCUUUGAGUGGAUGGCAAAUGAAGGAGUAAUUGAGUCUCUAGCAAUGAUUGCACAAAAUUGCCCUGUCUAUUCUAUCCGUGCCACAGCAUUUUACUCAAUUGGUCUCGUUGCUACCACAGCUGCUGGUGCUGACCUCCUGUCUUUAAUGGAUUGGGUGACUGUGAGGCACCACCGGCACGAACGCUGGCCAGUAAUUCAUGAAAACCUACCGCCGUCAAGCUCAUGCAUAUUUAUACCCAAAGAGGACAAUAAUGCUCAAACACUUCUCAUUGCUGAUGAGACAGAGACUGAGAGCAGUGUUGUCACUGAAGAAGAUGAUAGUUCCUUGUGGGAUGACUCUUUUUCCAACAGUGGAGUUCAAUUUUGGAAUGAAGCAUCUCCCAUGGCUGGCGACGCACCUAGCAGGAAAGCUUGUACUUUACCACAUCAGAGGGUUGCUCCAGAGUGGCCCAGGAAACAACAACGCAGCCUUAGUGAGAGUCAAUCUGAAAGCCCACAGCUUCAGCGAGUGACAGGGUCUCCUGUUCCGUCAUCAGUUUUAACUUCAUCAUCUACGGGAACAAUUGGCACAGAGACUCACACGACAGGCUCUAUCCCUGGAAAAGAUGCAUUCAGUGUAGGCAAUCAUUCUAAGACCAUUGACGAAGUUAAAGUCAGAUCAAACAGUGGUUCUGACAGUGGUGUCUAUUCUUGUGAUUCAACUGGUAUAAAACAAACAAGUGAUAGAGUUCAGACUCUAAGCCCUAUUCCUAGUUCUACAUCCUUAAAUACUCUUAAAUCCGCUAACUUAAGUGGUGCACCAACACCACUUGUCACUCCUCUAACAUCAUUUCAACAAGAAGAGAAGACAAGGAGGACUUCAUUUCAAGGAAGCAUAGCUUUAGAUCAUCAAUCUCCCACUCAUUCUGGUAUGAGUUCACGUCUAAGUCAACAAGAUGUUGCUGAUUAUGCCACUCUUCGCUCCUUACAAAGCCUGCAACGACCACAACUUCCAAACCUUUCUUCCAAUUUCCAUAAUUCAUCAAGUGCAGCUGACCAUUUCCUUGAUGAUCUCAAUGUUUCAAACUCAUCUUCACUUAAUAGAGAGCGUCAUUCCUCUUCAAUUCUUAGUUCUAUGCGCCGCUUUAAAGUUAGAAGCUUGGAUAGGCAAUCUACACCACAUCCAGUGUUUGCAAAUUUUGACCCCAAGAUAGCAGAUGAAAUUUUCACUGAUGAACCCACAGCCACUAGUUCUCCCAACAAGACUAGUACAACCCUGCAAGAAUGUAGUCAGUGCUACAUGGGUAUUGCCUUGCCUCUGUCAUCAAGCUGUUUAUAUCCUACCUCUGCCAAAGCUGUGCAUCCCUCCGCCAGUUUGUUUGGGGACCCAGAUUUUCAACAGACAGUGAAGGAGGAAGAUACUGCCGACCAUCAGAGCGAUUGUGAGCGGAUACCUGAGUCAGAUGAGGCAGAGCUUGUGCCGAGUCUCCACUUAACCAGUGAUUCCGACGAAGAAGUGGAAAGUGAGGAAGGUGGUGGAAAUCGCUCUGAAAAGGAACGUGCUGCUGGUAGGGGUUCAAGGCGCAGUGGUCGAAGUACACUAAGUCAUAAAGCUCAGUCUCAUGCGCGUCGACGCCGCGAGCGCUCCUCGGGGCCAAGUCUUACUUACACAGAAGUGCGCACCUAUCGCCACCAAACUUCCACUUGUCUUGCUUGCUCUUUACGACCUCAACAGCACCAUCAGCAACAUGCUACUUCUCACCGAGAGCGCAAGAUAUCUUCAGGAUCAUAUCAUGCUCGUGCCAGAACAGAAACGGAAAGUAGUUGUGGUACCAAUGAAGCUAAUGAUAGUCCUUCUCGACACCGAACUAUGAGUGUUGGGGCAUUUGGCGGGAGCUUGGAAAGUACAACAAGUACAGAAACAGUUGGAUCAACACAAGAUAGCACAGCUGGAACUCCAGCAAUGAAUAGAACUAAAAUGCGCCUGGAAGUGAUGAGGCAUGUUGAGUGCAUGAGCAACCCCAUUUGGGUUAAGCCAUGCCAGCAAUCAUUACUUCAUUCAAAACAAAAGAACCCGCAUAUGCUUGAUGACAUUUGUUUAUAUUCUGACUUAUGUGAAAGUCUAUCAUCUUGCAACUACCGCCUUCAAGCUCGACGUUUCCUCCAGGAAAUCUUUUUAGAUGUCUCAUUUUCUGAGAUCUAUGAUGAGGCGGUCAACAUUUUGAAAUUAACACCUUCAACUAACUCUGGUGCAGAAAAUCAUCAAACACGAAGUAUAUCUGUAUCUCUCCCUCCAGGUGAGGGCCUUGUGAUGACUGGAAGUGUCAAAGUUGUAGGUGUAGAUAAUGCAGCUGCUCUUCCACUUUCAAUGGUGUUAGAAGAGCUGUCUGGCAGUGAAGAGCGAAGAGGAAGUUACAGCAGUGUGGCAUUGGCAUUGGGCAGUAUUCCGAGGCUGUCUGAUGUAAAAGGAAUUGUGACUCAAUCACUCAAAAAUCAGGCUCCUACAAUUACCAAGAAAGAUGAGGAAGGACAUUCCACUUCAUCUCUUCCAACGAGCAGCAAAGAUUCUCCUGUAUCCAAACCAGCCAAGAAAACUGUUUACAGUUUACUUUCACAAAUGGAUAACGUGUCUGCAUCACGAAAAAAGGGUGAUGGGGAGAGUUUAGAAGUAUCAAAGACUAGUGAAAAUAAAAAUGAUGAUGUAGCAGGAAGUAAUAAUUCAAAAGUACCUGAACCUGAUGAGCCAUGCAGUCCUGUGAGACUUUUGAGUUGCCGCCUACAAAGUGGUGACGGCAGUGAUAUGAGGCCUAUUAGUUCAGGAAGUGAUGAUCAAAAAUGUACAGCGCAAUGGAGUCCAUCUAGACUGAGGAAAGUAGCCACAUCUUGUCAGCCAAAAGCAAUAUUGCAUGUGGACAAACAGUCUACUGAUUAGUGGCACUUAACUUGUCAUUCUGUUGUAAUUUAUUAUUAUUGCCUUAUGAAUUGGACAGUUCCCCCAUUUCAUGUUCAUUCUUAUGAUUUUAAACCAUUGAAAUGAAAUUAAGUUUAAGAUUCCUGGGUAGAUAAAUUACCUACCAUGACCUUAUUAAACCAAACUUACUGAUCAAACUAGAGAAAUAGUAUUUUAUUGUGAUCAUAAGCAUUGCUUAUGCCCUCCUGUAUUAAAACAGAUGUGUCUGUAUGAAUACUGUAAGCCAGAUGAUAUAGUCCCAAUGGUUUUAAACAUUUUCUUGUUAUUUUAUAUAAUUUGAGUGAAAUCUCAGGUGAAUACAGCAGAAUUUGUGCUUCUGUUGUUGUGAUAGUGAUCCCUUUCUGGGGCAAGCAAUAUUUUGCUUAUGUAAGAUUUUUAAUUAUCAGAUAAUUAUUUUCUUCUCCCUUUCUCUCUUUCUUUUUUUCUGUGCUAAUUGUAUAGUGUGGCAAGAUCUUAAGAAAAAACUCAAGCAAGUUACCUGCAGAGAAAAAAAUUACUAGGAAAUUGUAUGCAACAGUGUUCACAUGAUUUGUGGGAGGUGAGAAUGCAUUUCAUUCAAAAUGUGCCAAAUUAUUGAAAUUGGCAUUACAUUAAUUGGUGUGAUUGUUUUCCUUGCUCUGCUCCUGUUACAAAUCUCUUUGUGAUGACAAUCUCAGGGUUUCUUUUUAACUUAACUUUAAAUACCUAGUUAAAGAUCUUGUCUGGUACUAUACAUAUCUAUGAAUUUUGUAAGUAUGUAGUAUUUUAUUGCUGUACAGUCUGUUAAAACUUAGAGAUUUUUGAGAUUCUUUCUUUCUUUUGCUAUUUUUAAUAACAAACCAAAUUAUUUAAUGAAAGAAAGCAAGAAACUCAAGAGGAUAGUGACCAAUUCUUCUGUCAUGUAUUGUCUAUAUAGGUACUCAACCAGUCAUGGUAACUUAAACUAUAUUGUCGCAUCCCUCUUAUUUUUAUCUACCCUCUUGGAGAAAGCAUGUGAUAGGCAUUUAGCAUUAGAGCUUGAUUUCAUCCCUUUUCAGAAGGAUUUCUCUAGAGUGGGUUCAGUGAUGCGAGCAGAAUUGCGAAAUAACACUAUUAACACUCAGAUUUUUAAUAAGCUUAAUGGUUUUACGUACAUUAAAUGUCAUAACAAAUUUACAUUUUGCAUGGGCUAACUGUGUCACUGAGCCCAAUGUAGAGAAACUCUUCAGCAUUGAUGAUGAUGAUCAAGAGUAUUGUAUGAUGAUCAAUGAUCAUUAUCACUGACAAUGCACCUGUUUUGGGCUCUUAUUGGAGCCUCCCAUGUAUGGUUGAAUGAUGAUUUAUUUAUUUGUUACUGAAUAUACAUACCUUUCGUGGGCGCUAUCAGACGCUUUUCUACAGUGUCUCCCUGUUCUCAGCAUUGAGUUUGGUCUUAUAGUGAGGUGUCUAUUGCAGUAUUAAAAAAAAAACUUUAAGUGCAAGAAGAAAA